CCGGCACAGGCCCCUCCGCAAGCGGGCCCCUCCGCAAGCGGACCCCUGCCCCGCGUGGGCUCUUCCGGCGAGCCCCCUCUUCCCACGGCCCCUCAACUUGCCCUUCCCCGACUUUGGGCGCGCAGCCGGGGCGGGGUUGUGGGCGGAGCCGGCUUUUUUUCUCCCCCGCCCACCUCCGCCUUUCCGUAAUCCCGCCACUCUGGGGAUGCGGCUGCGCUGAGAGCCUGCCCGCCCGCGGAUCCGAGGAGUUUACCGAGUCUCUUUCCCGGUUGUUCGAGAAGGCGGACUUAUAGCUGGGCAGGAUGACCAACCCUGCGGCCACGCAGAACAAGGAAAUAGACUGUCUGAGCCCAGAAGCUCAGAAACUGGCGGAGGCGAGGCUGGCCGCGAAGCGGGCAGCCCGCGCCGAGGCUCGAGAGAUCCGAAUGAAGGAGCUGGAGCGGCAGCAGAAAGAGAUCUAUCAGGUUCAAAAGAAGUAUUAUGGGCUGGAUACAAAAUGGGGUGACAUCGAGCAGUGGAUGGAAGACAGUGAGCGCUAUUCGCGUAGAUCCAGAAGAAACACAUCGGCUUCUGAUGAAGAUGAGCGCAUGUCAGUGGGUAGUCGUGGAAGUCUGAGGUCGCAGCCUGACUUGGAGUAUGGGGGUCCUUAUGCCUGGACAAAUGGUUAUGAUGGAGACUUCUAUGGAUCCCAGUCCCUGAAUAGAAGAUCUGGCAGGAAUUCCAGCUACAGCGGUGAGGGCAGAUUCUCUACCUUGUCAUCAUCCAGAGAGGAGACGUUGGGACUGUCCUGCUCCGACCUCGGGCUUCCUGGUGCUGGCCUUGCUCCCAAACCCCUGUCUGCCCAGAGUGGAAACCGGCCCUCCUAUAUCUACAGCGCUGCCCGGCCUGCUGGGAGUUACCGGGUGUCUGUGUUUGAUGAGAGCAGCCUGCUCGGCGGGGCUCUGCGGAGCAGUGCCUGCAGUUUCUAUGCUCCCUCAGAGCACGGCGGCCACCUCAACUCCAGCUCCCGAGCCUCGUCCAGAGCCAGCUCGGCGCGGGCCAGCCCAGUGGUGGAAGAGAGACCAGAAAAAGAUUUCACCGAGAAGGGCUCACGUAGCCUGCCCGGCCUGUCUGCAGCCGCCCUGGCCUCCCUGGGCGGGACCUCUCGGAGGGGAAGUGGGGACACCUCCAUCUCUGUUGACACAGAGGCGUCCAUUAGGGAAAUCAAGGAACUGAAUGAGUUAAAGGACCAGAUUCAGGACGUAGAAGGCAAAUACAUGCGGGGGUUGAAAGAGAUGAAGGACUCAUUAGCAGAAGUUGAAGAGAAAUACAAGAAGGCUAUGGUUUCCAAUGCUCAGCUGGACAAUGAAAAGACGAACUUCCUGUACCAGGUCGAUACCCUAAAGGAUAUGUUGCUGGAGCUUGAAGAGCAGCUGGCUGAGUCCAGGCGGCAGUAUGAUGAGAAAAACAAAGAGUUUGAGAGGGAAAAGCAUGCCCACAGCAUCCUGCAGUUCCAGUUUGCCGAAGCGAAGGAGGCCUUGAAGCGGCGGGAAGAGUUGUUGGAGGAAAUCCGACAGCUACAGCAGAAGCAGGCGAGUUAUAUCAGGGAGAUUUCUGAUCUUCAGGAAACAAUAGAGUGGAAAGACAAGAAGAUAGGGGCUUUAGAGAGGCAGAAAGAGUUCUUUGAUUCCAUAAGGAGUGACCGAGAUGAUCUUAGAGAAGAAGUAGUCAUACUGCAAGAGGAAUUAAAGAAACAUGGAAUAGUCCUAAAUUCAGAGCUAGCUACCAAUGGAGAGACUUCAGACACUCUAAAUGACGUCGGACACCAACGUCCUUCCAAGAUAACGAAAGAAGAGUUAAACGCCCUCAGGACGGCAGGGGAUGGGACGCUAGGAAGAGCCAGUGAAGUGGAGGUGAAAAGUGAAAUUGUGGAGAAUGUGGGGAAAAAAGAAAUCUUGCAGAAUACUGAGCAAGAACAGCACAAAGAGGACCCCGCACAGGAGUGUAUGGACACAGAGGUGUUCCAUCCUGGUGGAAAUGCCAAGGACCAGAAAGCCUCUGAAGACAGUGCCCCCUCCCUAGGAGUAUUAGCAGAUGCCACAAAUGAGGAGCAGGCUCAAAACCAGAUCCUAGAGAACGCUUCCUUCCUUGAAAAUACAGAGCAGGUUGAGUCCAAUGAGGUCAUAAACACACCAGAUGAUAGGACUGGGGCUUCCCUUGAGCAGUCUGAAUGUUUGCGUGAUGGUGAAAUCCCAGGUCCUGGGACUGGGCAGGACAGUUACGAUGCCUUGGAUAUCAAAAACCACAGUAAAGAAUCUGCAGAAAACCAGGAAGACUUGAAAACCCACUUGGGAGAGGGUAGCACAAAGCCAUGUCAAGAAUCUGCCUCUCUGCAACCAUCUGAAGUCGGAGGGCUGGGCAGCGCAGACACUGGGGAGCAAGGUGGGAGCCCCACAGAGGACGUGGUGGAGGCAGGGCUAACGGGGCUCGGGGAGCAGGUGGGCACAGAAGCCUCCGGCCCUCCAACCUACAGCGAUGACCACGUGAGUCCUGAUGAAGAGUGUGCUGUCGAAGCCCCCGCGGAGCUGGACCCAAGCGCAGGGCAGGACCUAGACAAAGAGCUCCCCAAGCAGGAAGCUGCUGAGCCCCAGGAGCCCCCGAGCACAGCGGUAGGUGGGGAGAAUGACGAAAAGGAGGAGGAGGAAAGGGGGUUGAGGGAUGAGAAGCCAACCCAGACAGAAGUGCAGAACAUUCCUCGUUGUCCAGAGGCAGAAAGCAGUUUGCGGGGAGCAGCAGGUCCUGCUGUGGCAGAUGCCGAAAGCAAGCCCCUAGAUGUGAAAGAACCCAAGGAAGAAAAGAAUGACCAACAGGGAGAGGCACUGGAUUCAUCACAGAAGAAGACAAAGAACAAGAAGAAAAACAAGAAGAAAAAAACACCGGUGCCUGUAGAAACCCUUAAAGAUGCUAAGAAAGAGUUAACAUUUCAGAACUCAGAUUUAAGUGAGGUGAAGGACGACAAGCAAGUAGCUCUUACCGACAAAAAACCAGUUGUAGAAGCACAAAAUGAGGUAACUGAAAGUCCAGAAGAGAAAAGUGUAGCAGGAAGUGGUGAAAAUGUUGAUUGUCCAGAAAAUCCUAGAAUUGAGUUGGAUAAAAAACUUAACCGAGAAGAUAAUGAUGUAAACGCUAAGGCGGGGGGAGAAACAGCUGACGGGGGCACAUUAGGUGUGGGGGGUGACACAAUCCCAUCAUCAGGCACGAGUGCCAGUGAUAAGGAUUUAGAGGAGGCUGUCCUAGAAGAUGGCGCCGCUCCCGGCGGUCCUCCCGAACCGGGGAGUGGAGUGGUGCCCAGCGGUGCCCUGCCGGAGAGUGAAGGUCCCUCCAAGGCCGGUGAUGGUGCCCCUCAAACAGGAAGUACAGAGCAGCAUGAGAUGGCAGGGGGGCCCAGUCAGGAAGUCAAAAAGGUCAUAGAAAACGAUGACUUAGCACCCACAGGGGAGCUGGGAGCCUCCACUUCAGAAGGCAGGGACGAGCUGAGAGGCGAAAGCGAGAAGGGCAGAAGCAAGGAAGACUGUACCAUGUCGUAAGUGGACAGGGGCCAAGGACCGCACAUGAAGCCCAGCUGCCAGAGGCUCGUCUGCUCUCUCCACGGGUGAGGUUCCUAAAACGUUCCACAUUGAGAUAGAUGCACCAUAGGACAGUUCAGCUACCGAGCUAUCCACCACGUUGAGUUAUAGACUGUUACUUGUAGACGUAUUCUUCCCCAUUAAGGUUAUCACCCAGAUUAGAAAGAAAGACACACCUGUAAUCAGUAGGAGUCCUAAUGGAGAACAUUCCGGCGUGUCAGACAAUAGACACUGCGUGUUUCUGCUUACAAUCCGAAUGAAGCUCUUUAGCAUUUGCCUUAGGCUGAUAUUCUUGACCAAAUACACCAGCACCCGAUUGAAAUGACCAAAUGGCAUUCUGAGAUUUGUGAGUAUAGUUGAUAUUUAAGUUAAUGUGUCUUCAUUCAAAUAUAUGUCCUUUCAUAUUUGAUUUUGAUGUGUACGUUAUAAUCUAUACGGUAUUUUAUUUUAAAAGGAGGUAAAUGACCCAAUAGUGUAUAGAUCACUGAGUGAUAAGAUUUGCACCUUAGGACAGUAAUUAAUCAUGUUAGGGAUAAGAAAUAAGUAUCUUAAAGCACUGGGACAUCUUAAUUCCCUUUACCUCAUAUAUAAGUAUUUUAUCUCAAACUGAUACUUUUGAUCUCAUUGUUGGUGAUACCUGAAUUUAUUUUGUAGAUUUUGACUUCACUUCAUGCUGAUUAUGUACCAGAGUCAUUUUAUACAAAAAAAAUUUUUUUAAUUUGUUUCUGGAAGAGACAUACAUUGAAAUUGCACUUCCUAAUGCAGUUUUUGUGCAGGGGGACCAUUUCUAAAAUUUAUUUUUUUAACUCUUAAAUUACUCCUCUUUCUAUUUGUCUUAUAUUCGAAAGAAAAAUACAAAAGGUACCAUUCUUGUGCAAACUGCUAAUUGAACUAUAACAGGAUAUUUUAAAUAGUUGGAUCACUUUUGGCAUUUUGGUAUAAAUAUUUUCAUUUGUUUUAUCUCAAUAUAUUAUUGGAAAAUUCUUGAUUUGGUCUUCCUGAAGGAAAUACAUAUUUUCUGUACAAGGAAGCAUUUUUUAAAAUAGUUGUAAAGUUGAAUAAAAAAAACAAUUGUAAAAUACUAAAAUCACAAAGGACUGUACAUUAUGAAUGCUGUUGACACUUUAUAAGAUUAUAUGAAUUCAUGUCACUGUUACAAGGUAUAAUUGAAUGCAAAAAAGACCAGAACCUCAAUAAAAUUUGAGGUAAGCAUAAGUGUUAUUAUGUAAUUGAAAUAAAAACAUUUUAUAAUUU